AUGGCCAUCGACUGGUCAAAAGAGGAAAUCAUCCAACUCAGAGCAGUCCUCCUCACUCAGAUCGACAUCCUAGCGGACUGGGAUUGGAAUCACGCCAAACAAGAUUUGAAAAUAAUCGCGGACAUCCUGGAACUCAAAGUCGAGCCUUACGAGGAACCAAGUCCAUUGAUUCUAAGCUCUGGACUAAUGACCUUUGAGCCCAGCAGGUCCGCUCAAGCCCAAUCAAGACUCCCAAGAUUUGACCAAGCAGACCAGACACGACGCCGGAGACGACCAAAAGUGGAUUAUGAUCCGUCGAUACUCGCAGCUGCUCAGUUCCUCUUCGGACAUAUCCCGGCGUUCAACUCCCAUCUCGAUAAGAAUAUCUUCAGCCUCGAAACCGACCAGCCAGUUCUUUUUAAACUGAUUACCGAGUUUUCCAAGGUUUAUCGGGUUCGUUUGAUGAUCUAUGAGCUUUGUUCAACCGAUUGGGCGUUUAACAAAUUACUUGCCUGGGAUGAAUCUCUCAAAACAGUGGAUUUUGAUGACGAACCGGACCGAUGGUCCAAAACCAAAGAGCUAUUUGAUCGUGAACUUGCACGAGGGACAAACGAUGAACCGGUGGAUACCUGGUGA